AUGUCAUCAAAAGGGGAAACAGAGGCCGACUCCGGCACCGUGUCACCAAAUUUAUCUGCAGUCAAAAAUGAACCGGUGGCCACCAAUAGCAAAGAAACUCCAAAAAGAGGUGGUACAUUAUUAAAAUGUACCACAUGCAAUAGUUUUAGUACCUUAAGUAGUCGAGCCCUAACCACCCACAUGGCCCAAUGUUCCCCUGACAACAAUAAUGUGGCAGCUGCACAAAAUGCUGAUCCCCGGCCACACAGAAAGCUAUUUGAAUGCGAUGUGUGCAACAUGAAGUUUUCAAAUGGCGCCAAUAUGCGUAGACAUAAAAUGCGGCACACUGGAGUAAAGCCGUAUGAAUGUCGCGUUUGCCAAAAAAGAUUCUUCCGCAAAGAUCAUUUGGCAGAACAUUUCACUACUCAUACUAAGAGCUUGCCGUAUCAUUGCCCAAUCUGCAACCGAGGAUUCCAGCGCCAAAUUGCCAUGCGCGCACAUUUCCAAAACGAACACGUUGGACAGCAUGACCUCGUUAAAACUUGCCCCUUGUGUAGUUAUCGUGCACCCACCAUGAAAAGUCUAAGGGUUCACUUCUUUAACAGACAUGGAAUUGAUUUGGACAACCCUGGACCUGGGAACAACUCUUCUGUAUCUCUGCUAGCUGCGGGUAUCGCCAAUGCCGCAUAUGCUGACGGUACAAUGGACCCCAGCGCCAUCAAUGCGCUUGGUGCACUGGGAUCCAGCCUAUCCGUGUCCGUUGCUGCAACAUACUCGGACAGUGGAGAAAGUAAUGGUGCCCGCUCUGUGGACAAUGCAACACCACCCAUGCACUACUUGACCCCACACGUCGAGAUUUCAAUGGCCGACAAUAACGAAACCUUCUCUCCCGGCCAAAACCAUUUAGGCAACUCUGAUUCGCGCAUGAACGGCGAAGGGCCCAGCUCACCUCAAUCUGGUGACAGCGCCAUCGCUAGCAGCUCCCUAUCAGCUGGACUACCUACAAAUAUAACUCCGUCCAUUACUUUGAUACCCAUAAAACAGGAACCCAACACUCAAGAAGAGUCUGCUAAUAAUGAAAUGCGGGAAGGCGAAACAAAUGGGGGCGAUAAACGAGGCGUAUCCUCGAGUCUGUCAUCUCUGAUCAAGGUGUCACCGCUAAAAAGUUUAUUAAGAGAAGAUUUGCGCCGGCGCAUCUCUGCUCGUGGACGCGCUCGGGGCUCUAGCGCUUCACGCGCCUCUCCGUCGGAAGGCGGAGUGAUCACUUCGACGCACGGGGACGCCGCCAUGCUGCCUUCGUCUCUCGUAUGUACAUUUUGCUCCAUAACAUUUCCAGACUCCACACUGUACUUCCUGCACAAGGGCUGCCACUGCGACUCCAACCCUUGGAAGUGUAACAUUUGCGGCGAACAGUGCUGCAAUGUGUACGAGUUCAACUCCCACCUGCUGAGCAAGAGCCAUCAAUGA